UCAACUAUUCUGAAGCACAAAACAUUGCAUACCACUGUAGAUAUGGACAAAGAAGAAAGGAAGACUAUCAACCAAGGUCAAGAAGAUGAAAUGGAAGUUUUUGGCUAUAAUCUGAGUCGCUGGAAGCUUGCGUUAGUUUCUCUAGGAGUGGUCUGCACUGGGGGCUUCCUCCUGCUCCUCCUCUAUUGGAUGCCAGAGUGGCGGGUGAAAGCGACUUGCAUUAGGGCUGCAGUUAAGGACUGUGAAGUGGUGCUGCUGAGGACUACUGAUGAAUUCAGAAUGUGGUUUUGUGCAAAAAUUCGCUUUCUUUCUCCGGAUACUCAUUCAUUUUUAAGUCCAAAAUCUCUAGCUAAUAAAGUUUCCAAUGGCCAUUUGAUUGAGAAUCCAGCUGAAGAGAUCCACCACGAGAUGAGCAAAUACCCACAGACUCGUUCACAACAGAUUCGUUAUUUCAGCCACCAUAGUGUAAAGUAUUUCUGGAAUGAUACCCUGCACAAUUUUGAUUUCUUAAAGGGACUGGAUGAAGGUGUUUCUUGUACGUCAAUUUAUGAAAAGCAUAGUGCAGGACUGACAAAGGGGAUGCAUGCCUACAGAAAGUUGCUUUAUGGAAUAAAUGAAAUUACUGUGAAAGUGCCUUCUGUUUUUAAGCUUCUAAUUAAGGAGGUUCUCAAUCCAUUCUAUGUUUUCCAGCUGUUCAGUGUUAUUCUGUGGUGCACUGAUGAAUACUAUUACUAUGCUUUCGCUAUUGUGAUUAUGUCGAUAGUGUCGAUUGUGAGCUCGCUGUAUUCCAUCAGAAAGCAAUAUGUUACGUUGCACGAUAUGGUGGCAGCUCACAGUACUGUGAGAGUUUCAGUUUGCAGAGUAAAUGAAGAAAUAGAAGAGACCUUUUCGACAGAGCUUGUGCCGGGAGAUAUCAUUGUGAUUCCACUAAACGGGACAGUCAUGCCAUGUGAUGCGGUACUUAUUAAUGGUACUUGCAUUGUAAACGAAAGCAUGUUAACAGGAGAAAGUGUUCCAGUGACAAAGACCAACUUGCCAAACCCUUCAGUGGACAUAAAAGGGAUGGAAAACGAGGUAUAUAGUCCCGAGACCCAUAAACGACACACUCUGUUUUGUGGGACUACUGUCAUCCAGACUCGUUUCUACACUGGAGAGCUCGUCAAAGCCAUAGUCGUUAGAACAGGGUUUAGUACUUCCAAAGGACAGCUUGUUCGCUCCAUACUGUAUCCCAAGCCAACUGACUUUAAACUCUACCGAGAUGCCUACCUGUUUCUGCUGUGUCUUGUGGCAGUGGCUGGAAUUGGAUUUAUCUACACUAUUAUCACUAGCAUUUUAAAUCAGGUCGAAGUUGGUGAGAUAAUUAUCAAGUCUCUUGAUAUCAUUACAAUUACUGUGCCCCCUGCACUCCCUGCGGCAAUGACUGCUGGUAUUGUGUAUGCCCAAAGAAGACUGAAAAAAAUCGGUAUUUUCUGUAUCAGUCCCCAGAGGAUAAACAUCUGUGGACAGCUGAAUCUUAUUUGCUUUGACAAGACUGGAACUCUUACUGAAGAUGGUUUAGAUCUUUGGGGCAUUCAACGAGUGGAAAAUACACAUUUUCUUUUGCCUGAAGAAAAUGUGUGUAACGAGAUGUUGGUGAAAUCCCAGUUUGUUGCUUGUAUGGCUACCUGUCACUCACUUACAAAAAUUGAAGGAGUGCUUUCUGGUGAUCCACUUGAUUUGAAAAUGUUUGAAGCCAUCGGAUGGAUUCUGGAAGAAGCCACUGAAGAGGAAACAGCACUUCAUAAUCGAAUUAUGCCCACUGUGGUUCGUCCUCCCAAACAACUGCUUCCUGAAUCCGCACCUGCAGCUGACCAAGAUAUGGAGCUGUUUGAACUUCCAGCCAUUUAUGAGAUAGGAAUUGUUCGCCAGUUCCCGUUUUCUUCUGCUUUGCAACGCAUGAGUGUGGUUGCAAGGCUGCUGGGGGAUAAGAAGAUGGACGCCUACAUGAAAGGAGCACCUGAGGUCAUUGCCAGUCUCUGUAAACCUGAGACAGUUCCUGUUGAUUUUGAAAAAGUGUUAGAAGAUUACACCAAACAGGGCUUCCGUGUGAUUGCUCUCGCUCACCGAAAAUUGGAGUCAAAGUUGACAUGGCAUAAAGUACAGAACGUUAGCAGAGAUACCAUUGAAAACAACAUGGAUUUUAUGGGAUUAAUAAUAAUGCAGAACAAAUUAAAGCAAGAAACCCCUGCAGUACUUGAAGACUUGCAUAAAGCCAACAUUCGUACUGUCAUGGUCACAGGUGACAACAUGUUGACUGCUGUUUCUGUGGCCAGAGACUGUGGAAUGAUUCUACCUCAGGAUAAAGUUAUUAUUGCUGAAGGAUUACCUCCAAAGGAUGGGAAAGUUGCCAAGAUAAAUUGGCAUUAUGCAGACACGCUAACACAGUGCAGUAAUUCAUCAGCAAUUGAUUCGGAGGCUAUUCCAAUUAAAUUGGCCCAUGAUAGCUUAGAGGACCUCCAGGUGACUCGCUACCAUUUUGCAAUGGAUGGGAAAUCAUUUUCAGUGAUACUGGAGCAUUUUCAAGAUCUGGUUCCUAAGCUGAUGUUGCAUGGCACCGUGUUUGCUCGUAUGGCACCUGAUCAGAAGACACAGCUGGUGGAAGCAUUACAGAAUGUAGAUUACUAUGUAGGGAUGUGUGGUGAUGGUGCAAAUGAUUGUGGUGCUUUAAAGAGGGCGCACGGAGGCAUCUCCCUAUCUGAGCUUGAGGCUUCAGUGGCAUCUCCAUUUACCUCUAGGACUCCUAGUAUUUCCUGUGUGCCAAACCUAAUCAGGGAAGGCCGGGCUGCUUUAAUGACUUCCUUCUGUGUAUUUAAAUUUAUGGCUUUGUACAGCAUUAUCCAGUACUUCAGUGUUACUCUCCUGUAUUCUAUAUUAAGUAACCUUGGAGACUUCCAGUUUCUCUUCAUUGAUUUGGCAAUCAUUUUGGUGGUAGUUUUUACAAUGAGUUUAAAUCCAGCCUGGAAGGAACUGGUAGCACAGAAACCACCUUCUGGUCUCAUAUCUGGGACCCUUCUCUUAUCAGUUUUGUCUCAAAUCAUUAUCUGCAUUGGAUUUCAAUCCUUGGGGUUCUUUUGGGUGAAGCAGCAAUGGUGGUAUAAAUUGUGGCGUCCACAGUCAGAUGCCUGUGAUACAUCAAGAACUCUGUCUUGGAACUCCUCACAUUUUUACAAUGAAACUAAACCUGAUGAACAUAAUAUACAAAAUUUUGAAAAUACCACAGUGUUUUUUAUCUCUAGUUUUCAAUACCUCAUAGUGGCUAUUUCCUUUUCAAAAGGAAAACCCUUCAGACAGCCUUGCUACAAGAAUUACUUUUUUGUUGUGUCUGUGAUUGUUUUGUACGUUUUCAUGUUAUUCAUUAUGUUGCAUCCAGUUGCCUCAGUUGACCAGGUUCUUCAGAUAGUGUGUGUACCAGAAGCGUGGCGUAAAAGGAUGCUUAUCAUUGUUCUUGUCAAUGCCCUUGUGUCUCUUGUGACAGAGAACUUCUUCCUUGACAUGGUCCUUUGGAAAGUUGUGUUCAGUCGAGACAAACAAGGAGAAUAUCGCUUCACCACCACACAGCCACCACAGGUAGGGAACAAUGAAAUUAGAUAUUAUAAGCGGGAGUCAGUGGAUCGUUGGGGGAGGUGUUGCCUGUCCUGGUUCCUGAGCUGUAAAAAGAAGAUACCAAAGGCAAAGUACAUGUACUUGGCGCAGGAGCUCUUGGUGGACCCAGAAUGGCCACCCAAGCCACAGACAACCACAGAAGCUAAGGCUUUACUGAGGGAGAACGGGUCGUGUCAGAUCACUCUCACACUGCAGUGACGUGGCCGCGCUCUUUGUGGUGUGCUCAGCGCAGUGUUCAAGGAAACAGGCUUCCAGGAUCUUGUGUGUCAAGAGUGAGGCCAGUUCAUUCGAGCCCCCUCGUGCUCUUUAGGUUACAACCGUUGAUUUUAGAGCCUUGUUCAUUCGUUUGCUUUAAACAAAACAAAAGGUACUGGCUUGUCAGUCAAUCCAUCUGUGAAGUCUUGUGAUCGCCAACUUCAAAUAGUGUACGCAUUUUCAGAUCUUUUCUUGAUUGCUAUCUUCAAUGUUUAGUAGGUUUUUCAGGAUUGACUGUCUCCUUUAAAUGUAUUUUUAUAGUCCAUCUUGGUAGAAAAAGUCAUUGUCUACACACAGGUCCUAGCUGUGUGAUUAAUAAAAAGAAAUGGUAGUUAUUGAGUCUCUAGUGAAAACAAGUCACAACCUUGCAUUCAUCUGAUUCCAAUAUUUUUUUCCAAAUAAUUUGUAUAAUGCUCUUCCUUUUGAUAGCCCAGAGUUAGGAGUGAGAUUAUAUGAUAUUGCUGAUAGAACAACUCAGGUAAUUUCCACUUAGGACGCUUUUAUAUUUUCUGUACAAACUACCUGGGUUUUAUUUUUCUAAUCAGCAAGGUGCUUCACUGCCUUCGUGUGAUGUCUGUCAAAGCUAUUAAAUGGAUCGUGUGCUGUACGUGGUAUCAGUUGUUAAAGUCGCUUCAGUUCAAUGAUGUAGACCUUUUUCAUGAGGUGAAGAAGAUUCCCUUCCUUUGCCCAGUACAUGUAAAUCUCUCAUUCUAAUAGCUUCAUAUCUGGGUAGGAUUUUUGUUUCGUUUUCCUUUUUUAUGCUUUAUAUUAUUUUAAAUGUUAUUUUCUUUGCUACUUUGACCUUUUUAAUUAUUUAAAGACAUAGGAUAAUAGUUAGGGUCUUGUAUUUAAAUUCUUAGCAUCUCCUCCAAGAUUUUCUAAGUUGGCUCUAUGUCUUUCCUGAGUAAUGGAAUUGAAAAGGGGGAGAAUGAGCUGGUUUGAAUGACUGCUGAUUGUUUUCAAUGCACUGUGUGCGUGGUGGCCAUUUGUUUUAUGUCAUUAGGUGGCGCCAAAUGCCAGAUUUUACCUAUUUGAAAUCAGAUAAUCUAUUUACAAAGAAACACAUUUGUGGCAAUUUUGGAGGAGAAAAACAAAAGCAUGAAGGAAUAAAAAAAAAAUCCAACAAUAAAUACGCAUUGAGCCAAAAGAAACGUGGAAAACCUUUUUUUUCCCCACCUUUCUCUGUGGUCAAUGUUUAAGAUAGAAACAAUACUAAAGUCUCUUGAAAAGUUUGUUUUCUAGGUAGGUUUCCAGCAGUGGGACCAAGCCCUACAGGGAUGAUAAACCCAGAGAACUAAUCCUGCUGCAAAAUGGAAUCUCUUGUUCUCCUGUGUGCUUCCUAAACCAGUAGCAAACCUGUGCUUCCCACUUCUGGCUGAUCAUUAUUUCCUUGAUAGACAGAAAUAAUUUAUCAGAUAUCAUCCAGAACAGUAGAGCCAAAUGGCUUUCCUUUAUGCUGCAGAGACUUGGAUGAUGCUUGGUAACUAUAGGAAAUGUAGGUUACACUCAGGAUCACUGUUCUUGCUGUCACCAGUGAUGAUUCUCACAAACUGUAAUCGAAGUUUUCCAUUAAAAAGUAUAUAAUACAUUAGAUUACAGAAUGAUUUUUCCAUGAAUGAUUCUAUAAAGCUAUGCAUCUUAGACCUUUUGAGCUGUGAAUUAGCACCGUUUUCUAGAGUUACUUAAUCUCUUGAUAGUUUUAUAAUUUCCAUAUUUUUCAGUAUGUCCAAGUGUUCUUGUUUAGCCAUUUCCCACAAUUGUGCUUUUAAUCCUUUGUUUUAAAUAUUGAGGCAUAGACUUAAAGUAAUUGCUAAGUAGCAGCUUAAAAAUCCAGUUAUCAAAUUGUGCUUAACGCCUCCAAGAGCAUGUUCAUAAAUAACUAUUUUUGAAGUGUUCUUCCCCACCCCCCUAUUUUUAAACAUGUAGAGUUUAUAUGGGUUUUAUAUUUCAGAUGUCCGUAUUGUUUUCAAAGGAGUGAGAUUUUUUGGUAAUUGGAAGAGCGUUUGUAGGACGUUAGUUUUGAACAUAGAUGGGCGGCCGGUUGCUGACGCCGUGAUGGGUGGCUGUCUGAAGACUGGGAGUGCAGGUGUGGGUCCUUCACAGUGCCAUGGAGGGAUGGGGUCUUCUCUGUGUAGGUCUCCAGUACAUAGUAAUUUUGAUUCUUACGUUAACAUUAAAUUAUUUGAGUGUAUACAGACCUAAAUUUAAAAAUCUGUACAUAUAUUAUUUUGAUGUAUUAAGAUUAAUAAAUAUUACGGAUUUAAAUUUUAUUUAUGCACAUAAGGACAGAAAUGUCUGAGGAAGUAAUUGUUAAAUAAUGAUAUGUAACUUUUUAAAUAAAUAACAAGAUUUUUAAUGUGUGUCUCCCUCAGGGUUGUUUAAAGUUUUUCUUUUCCCCUCCUCCCUCAAAUAUAAAUAGUGGUAUUAUAUGUUUCGUAUCUAUGGCACCAACUGCUGUAAAGCAAUGCUGCAGAUAAUGCUUGAAUGAAAGUGGCUAAGCCAACAGCAACAACAAAAGAAUCCUUUUUUUAUAUUAGUUUUAUAAUCCUCAGAUUUGAAAGCUUUCCAAAUUGCACUUGCAUUUAAAUAAAACUGCCGCAGCCUGUACUAUUUAUUUUGUUUAUGUUCAUUGAAGUGCUGCACAGUUUCUGAAGCAUGAUAAAUAAUAUAUCAAUACAUUUAUGGAGUCUGUUUCAAAAACAGCUGUCGUUAAAACAUCCAGAAAAGAGUACAAUUCAAGCUUUAGGAAACAUUCUUAAGAUUCCAUGCAUGUAAUUUUGACAUAUCUGGAAGUAAGUCUUUUGGUUUUUGCUUUGUUUUGUAUAUAUAUGGGGGAGGUGGUUGGGAUUUUUAAAAAUAUAUCUGUAUAAAUGGGGUGUUAAUUUUGUAUAGUCUUGUGAGCAUUUACACCUAUUUUUAAUGUAUUAAAAUUUGGUAAUUAUGUACACAUUAAAUGAAUAAAACAGCUACUUCCUGUUAUGAUUUGUGAAUUCCCUAAGACCUUGGGGUUUUUUAAGUAACUUUAUAUCAGAAAUGCUACAGCAUCUUUAUAUUUUUAAAAGUGUAUUGCUGCUCAAGAAUGGUACCCUGUUGUCAAAAAAGGCACACAUUCAUAAUUGUACAUUCAAAACUGUAAAUAACCUUAUGAAAUCUUUUUUGAUUGAAGCUAUUCAAAAUAAAAAUUAUAAUGAAUGAAAUAACA